CAGUUUUGUGCAGAAUUCUCAGCGCUGAAUCUUGAGCAUGCGUCGGGAAACAGAUCCAGACUUGAAACAGAUGUGAUGUUUCGUCUCGAUCCAGAUAACAAGGCAGACAGCCCACUGACCACCGUGGCUUCAUGACAGGAUCUCCAACCAGUUCCCAUGGCGAUGUGUGAAUGACCAGUAGCCACUCUUCCAGUCAGUCGUCCGCCCCCUCACAGACACGGCCAGACUCUGGACACAGUGACCGUUCUAUUGAAGGAUAUACAGGGUCACCGUGAGGUUGAAGGUCAGGGUCACGGUGAGAUUGAAGGUCAGGGACACGGUGAGGUUGAGGGUCAGGGACACGGUGAGGUUGAGGGUCAGGGUCACGGUGAGGUUGAGGGUCAGGGUCACCGUGAGGUUGAAGGUCAGGGACACGGUGAGGUUGAGGGUCAGGGUCACCGUGAGGUUGAGGGUCAGGGACACGGUGAGGUUGAGGGUCAGGGGUCAGGGGGUUGAGGUUACCUCUGUAGUGCAGUGUUGUGAUGGCCUGAGCCCCAUGUUCACACCACCUCCCCUGGGGAAAAUCAGGAGACCCAGAGCCCAUGAACAGUGGACCGACUCAGGCUCAAACCACAACGAACAGAAACCUAGAUGAGGUGGACAUGGACCAUAGGCCUCUCUGUGAAGCAGAUCCCAUAGAGAGUGGACUGACCCUGGGUCAGACGUGGGACAUGUAUGAGGUGGACCAAACCUCCACUAUGAGCUGUGAUACUGAGGUGGAGCUUGGGACGGGGACUGAGACUACUCCACACAUACAGGUGUGUCCUACAGAGUCUGGUCUGGUCACAGAGGUGAAUGGACGCUCUGGGAAACAGCGUGUUAGAGAGCCUAUAGAGGAGAGGGAGAGGCCUAAGGAGAUCCCUUCUCCCCCCUCCUCUCCAGUCUCCUCUCCGCCCCUCUCUCCUGGCCAGACUCUGGACCUUGUUGCCCUUGAUACCCCCCAGGAAAGGUGUCUAGAUGCCCCAGGGGCAGGCGAGGCUAGUUCCAUGGAGCUGUUCUGUAUCGUAAAACACAAACCCAGCGCUAUCGUCUUCUCUGGAGAAGACAACAUCGACAACGUCAGCCCACCUAGAGUCUUCGUCACCCAGAGCCUCGAUGGAGAGGAGUCUUUCUCGGGCGAUGAGGAUGAGGGUGGUGAUGAUGUGGAGGAGGAAGAGGAUGAAGAGAUCCCUGAGCUGCCGCAGUAUAAGGAGUUCCUGGUCAGCCGUCGCYGUAGAAACGUGAGCAGGAACAGGAAGAGGCUGAGGAAAGGACAGGAACUCCCGCCCACUGGCUCUCUGAUUGGCCUGGGCUCCACCAAUAAGACCAGGUUAAAGGCCAAGGAGGAAGAAGAUGAGGAAGAGGAGGAGGAGGAAGAAGAGGCUGAAAGGAAGCAGCCUCCUCUACCAGCCUCCUGUUACCAGCCUCCUCUACCAGGCCUCCUCUACCAGCCUCCUCUACCAGCCUCCUCUACCAGCCUCCUCUACCAGUUCCUCUACCAGCCCUCCUCUACCAGCCUCCUCUACCAGCCUCUCUACCAGCCUCUCUACCAGCCUCCUCUACCAGCCUCCUCUGUUUCCAUUG